GCAGCUGUGCAGCACGGAGGACAUGCAAAUUAAAUGUUGAAUAUAAAACACAUUUGCGCAUCGUUAAAGUUAAUUUGGCACAAAUUAAUUUGCGUAACGGAACUGCUCAAUUAGCACAAGUUUAUAUAUAAACAAAUGCGGCUGCAAGCGAUGCGCGUGCAAUUAAAGAACAGAAAUUAUUUAACAAUUUAAUUCUCUGACGCUUACGUCUGUCAACAGUUCUGUCGCUUGUCGCGUUGCGUCGCUGCCAACGUCGCCCCAAGUCGUUUAUUUUUUCAUUUUGCGCGUACGUCUUGAGUUUUUAUCGUUUCGAUUUGCAUGCGUUUUGAUUUGUGUGAGUGAAUUAUAACAACAAUUAAAAAUUUUGAUUAACAUAUUAAUAAACAAGUGUGUGUGUGUGUUUUCUUUGCUCGGCUGUGAUUCAAAAAUGUGCGCAAUGCAGACAAAGUUUAUUUAAUAAAACAACAACAACAGCACCAGCAGCAGCAAUAAGCGGAAGAAAUAAACAACAACGCCUGGAAUAUGUUGUAUAAUGUACCGUGCUAUCAAAACUUUUCAACGCUGGAUUAUUACAAGGUUAAACGUCCCAAGACAGAGCAUACGGAUACACAUGAGCGCAAUCGUCUCUGGUAAAGUCAAUCAGCCAGCAAAGCACAACAGCAACAACAACAACAGACGCAUCAGCAGCAGCAGCAACAGCAGCAGCAACAACAACAGCAGACACAUUCAGGCGCCGUGUUGGCCACCAGCAAUGGGCCCAGCAGUGCCGUUGGCAUUGGCGUGGGCGUCGGUCUAGGCGGUGUGGGCGUGGCAGGGCAAUGCAGUCCGCUAGGAUUGCCGCCGCAGAUUCAGCCGCUGCAGCCAACAAUUGGCUCGCUUAGCGCACACUACGCCAGAAAGCAGUAGCAACAGCAACAACGCCAGCAAUUACAGCACAGCAACAACAACAGCAAUCCAAAUGCAAAUCCGAGCAGCUGCAGCCUGGCUGCACCAACCAGCAGCUUUGCUCCCUUGGCCAGCAGCAGCUUCUCCACAUAUCAACAGUCCAGCGCUAGCGCUGAAGACGUGGGCGUGGGUGUGGGUGUGGGCGUAAGCCAUCCAGCUACAACAGCAAUGUCGCAUUGGACACACGACGGCAGCAGCAUUGCCGCUGCGGUCAAGUCGGAGUCGCGCAGUCCAGGUCAAGUGCAUGCCGCAUUGGACAAUAAGCUCUACAGCAAUCCCUAUGCGGGCUACAACAAUUUCCCGCAGCAAUAUUACGGCGGAUACUACAACGAGCAGUAUCUGACGCCGACGUACGCCAGCGGCGGCAACAACAAUUCGCAGCUCUAUAGCAAUCCCUAUGCGGGCUACAACAAUUUCACGCAACAGGACUACGGCGGCUACUACAACGAGCAGUACGGCAAUUACUACAAUCCGGCCAACUAUUCGCCGUAUGCCGUCAGCUCGCCCAGCUCGAGUGCGAGUCAUGGCUUUCAUGUGGCCACCGCCUCCUCCAAUCUAUCGGAGAGUCCAACUGACACGCAUCCAACGACGCCGGUGCAUCAGACCACACACUCGCCGCACUCCCCGCUGCCGAUCUCACUGUCACCCAAUGCGGGCGUUAAUGUGGUGACCGCGGCGACAGCCUCCGCCACAUUGAACUCCAGCGGUGGCAGCAGCGUAGGCACAGCUGGCUCAGCAAGUGCGCCCAAGUCCACGCCCACUGGCAAGACGGGACGCGCACGUGGGCGGCGACACCAGCAGCCGAGUCCAACACGCAGCACUGCCUCCGAUACGGGCAACAGCGAGGCCGGUCAAGCCCCGAAGCGCGUCUUCAUCUGGGACCUGGACGAAACACUGAUCAUCUUCCAUACGCUGCUCUCGGGCAGCUACGCCGUACGCUACACCAAAGACCACAGCACACUGAUGCCCAUUGCGUUUCGUAUGGAGGAAAUGGUCUUCAACAUGGCCGACUCACAUUUCUUCUUCAACGAGAUCGAGGAGUGCGAUCAGGUGCACAUCGACGAUGUGAGCUCCGACGACAAUGGCCAGGAUCUGAGCACCUAUAACUUUGCCACAGACGGUUUCCACACAGGCGCACCGCCCGGUGCCACGCCCAAUCUUUGUCUGCCCACGGGCGUGCGCGGCGGCGUCGACUGGAUGCGCAAACUUGCGUUCCGCUAUCGCAAGAUUAAGGAAAUCUAUAAUAGCUACAGGGGCAAUGUUGGCACGCUGCUGGGUCCUGGCAAGCGUGAAGCCUGGCUGCAGAUACGCUCAGAGAUCGAGGUGGCCACCGACAAUUGGGCCACGCUGGCGCUCAAGUGUCUCAGCAUGAUAGCGCAGCGUGAGAACUGUGUCAAUGUCUUAGUGACCUCCACCCAACUGGCGCCUGCUUUAGCCAAAGUGCUGCUCUUUGGUCUGGGCGGCAUCUUCAACAUUGAAAAUAUUUAUAGCGCACACAAAAUUGGUCAAGAGACGUGUUACGAGCGCAUUGUGACGCGCUUUGGACGCAAGAGCACCUAUGUGGUCAUUGGCGAUGGCAUUGAGGAGGAGAACGCAGCCAAGGCCAUGAAUUUUCCCUUCUGGCGCAUUUCUGCUCACAGCGAUAUUCGCGCCCUCUACACCGCCUUGGACAUGGGCUUCUUAUGAAAGACUUGCAAUGUCCUUUGAAUGCGGCUGGCUCGAAGCAUAAUUUGAGUACAAAACACUGGAAAAGAGCGACUUUAAUUUAUUUAUAUCUGUGUGCAUGUGUCUGUGUGUCUGUGAAUAUGUAUGCAUGUGUGUGUAUGUGUGUUCGGAGACAAAACUGUAAACCAGCGCAAAAUAAUUUAAUUAUUUUGUUCAUAUACAAUUCAUCUAAUUUAAUGCCAAGACUUUUUAUUGUAUUAUAUAGUUUAUAAAUAUUUCGCAAGCUACAAAAACUAAAACAAAACCAGAAACUGUUUAAUUAUAUAUUAACCAAUUGUACAUUUAUGUAAUACCACUUAAAUAAUUUUAUAUACAUACGUAUCUAGCACCCUAGAUUAGCAAACAAUACAUAGAUCUAUAUAUAACUAUAUAUUGUAGCUGGAUUAGUUUAGACAGCAGCAUCAAAAGCGUUACCAGAGUAACCGCAGAGUAAACACAACAAAAAUUAGUUUAAACGAACAUUUUUAGUUUAAAAUCAAAGAAAGCGAUUAAUAUUA